CGCGAAUCGUCGCGUCCAACAGAACCAAAGAACCUACUACCACAUUGUUAACCAUGUCAAACGUGCGACGUCCAGGCUAGAACGGUAUCUGGUAGAUUCUGCCUACUGCCAAGGAUGUUCCACAGGAAGGGCAUAUGAACAUUGCACGCCGAAAUGAAUGAAGGUGACAACAGACCGCUUGGCGACAUCCCUCCGCCUCCCUCAUCUGGUUCGAGCACGGGGUGGCCAAUCGAACCUGUAUCAGCGGCUAUCCUGCAUUCGCGAGACAUCAAGCGUCGAGACGCACUUCUGCGGCGCGGACCCGUGCGGACGGGGUGUAACGAGGUCGAUGAGUACGUUCUACUUGGCGGCUUCGAGCGCGGGAGCGUGGUGGGGAUUACUGCGGAAGGUGAAGCGUUUGGGAUGCGGCUUGCGUUCCAGGCUCUAGCGAAGGAGCUGGUGAAAGGCACGUCGACUGCUAUGGUCGUCACAAACCAACCGCCUGCGACUCUACUCCCCAUGCUUCGAGAUGCCGUCAGGGCAGAGCUUGUCGAGGAUACUACUGCUGAGCAAGAGGCCCUCCGAAGAAAGCUGAGGGGCUGCCUAGAACGGGUAUCCGUGUCUCGAGUGUUUGAUUUGGAGGGGUUAUGGGAGGUAUUGGGCGAUUUGGACAAGCCUUGCGAGGAGCAGGAGCCUGUCCCUCGACGGUCGCGGGAUGAAACCACUCCUGAUGUUCAUGCGGAGGGAGGGCUGACGGUGCUUCCGGGGACGGAGCAGCAAGGAGGAGGGAAUACAGAUCUCGCAGAAUCUAAAAUCAGGAACGCAGUAAUUGCAGACAGCGAAGACGAGGACGAGGACGAAGCCGAGGAUCAAGACGAGAAUGAAGAGAUUUCUCCCUCGUCACCUUCCCGUUCCCCUCCCGCCAUUGCAAGGCCUCCUCCUCCUCCUGCGGACCCGGCGCCGCCAGAGCCGGACCAUGGCCCGGACGUCAUCGUCAUCACUCAUUUCGCGACGCUGCUCACAGCGCUCUUCACCCGCCGCGAGAAAAAGGCGGCCCACACCUCCCUCCAGCUCCUCGCCUCGCACCUCCGUUACUUGACGCGCGGUGGCGCGUGUUCCCAUCCGCUCGUUCUCAUCGUCAACACGACCACGUCCCCGGCGUCGCGGGCUUUGGAGAGGGGAACGCCGCUUCAUAACCGGGGACCGUCAUCUUUGUCGUCAUCGUCGUCGUUGUUGAACCGCCCCCUCGAUGCUACGCUGCAGUCCGUCUUCCGUCCUGCCACGUCGAAGCGCAGGAACAAGCCCGGCUUCGGACUGGUGUUUACGCAGUUGCUGGAUUUGCAUUUGCUGUGUACCCGUGUACCGCGCGAACGGGAGGAUGCGGAGAGGCUUUAUGCGCCCUUGGGCGAGCGCGAGGGCGAGCGCGAGGAGGGACGGGCGCAGGGGGAGGUGAGGUUUGUGUGGGUGGUAGAGGUGCUGCUUGACGAGAUGGGAGUUUGGGAGAAGGGAGCCGCAGAGAUGCCGAGGAGAUCGAGGGAACAAAGAUGGGGAGCUGUGGAUGUUGUUGGCGGGCUGGUUGUGGACGCGUUUGCCGCCCCGUGAGCUGUUUCGUAUAUUCGGAAUUAAUUCUUGGCUUGAUAAGGGAGUAUGACCAUGACCGUUGUUUAAGACGCCUGAAGGCCGAACAUGGGGGCUGAAGGAAGACAAUGACGCGAGACGUCGUCUGUGGUGACAUUAUAGAGCCGUGUCUUGGUAGGGGGUGGAUGCUAAGGGACAGAGUUGUUUCCUGUUUUCCUCCUCCACUCCCCCAGCAUGCCCAGUAAAGAACUCUCUAAGAU